AUGCCGCCCUCGGAUUUCGCAAACGUAGACCUUGCGGACGUCGUCGACCAACUCACCACGGACGAGGCGAUUCUGCUCACUGCUGGUGUCGGCUUCUGGCAUACUCACGCCAUUCCUCGACUCAACGUCCCGGCGCUCAAAGUCAGUGACGGACCGAAUGGCAUUCGGGGUAACCACUUCUUCAUGGGUACACCUGCUAAAUGUUUACCAUCGGCUACUGCUCUCGGAGCCACGUUCGAUCCCGACCUACUGCAUGAUGUUGGUCUCAAGCUCCUCGCGCAAGAGGCCAAGCUCAAAGGCGCGUCUGUUCUUCUCGGUCCGACCUGCAAUACCCAGCGAAGUCCGCUUGGCGGCAGAUCUUUUGAGUCGUUCUCUGAGGAUCCUCACCUAUCUGGCAUGAUUGCUGCCUCCUACGUCAAGGGUGUCCAGGAAGGCGGAAUCGCGGGAUGCAUCAAGCACUUCGUCGGAAAUGACAAGGAGGACGACCGGAUGGCGUACGACUCAAUCAUGUCUGAGCGCGCCCUGAGGGAAAUAUACCUCAUGCCGUUUAUGUUGGCAGAGAAGUAUGCCAAGCCGUGGAGCUUCAUGACUGCAUACAACCGCGUGAACGGGACGCACGUCUCGGAGAACCCGAAGAUCAUCCGUGAUAUACUCCGCAACGAAUGGGGCAGCGACGCGACUGUAAUGAGCGACUGGUUCGGCGUGUACUCUAUUGACCACGCAAUUAACGCGGGUCUUGAUCUCGAAAUGCCCGGCACGAACAAGUGGCGAACGCUCGACCUUAUGAACAGAUCAAUCCAGAGCCGUAAGAUUAUGCGCCGUACGGUGAAGGAACGCGCUGCUAAGGUCCUUCAACUCGUCCAGAAGUGUGCGCGGGCCGCGCCCGAAAUUUUGGACGGUGAUGGCCUUGAGCGCACGGUGGACACGCCUGAAGAGAAGGCACUCAUGCGUCACCUUGCCACGCAGUCUAUUGUGCUUCUGAAGAACGACAAAGGUGUGCUGCCACUGAAGCCUAAGGAGCAGAAUUUGAAGAAGAUUGCGAUUGUAGGCGGAAACGCGAAAGCGCUCGUGCUUAGCGGUGGUGGGUCCGCCGCGCUUAAACCGAGCUUCUUCACGACACCCCACGACGGCAUCGUUGCCGCACUCGGCGAGGUGGACAAGAACGUCGAGAUCACAUACUGCGAGGGUGCUAGAGCGUAUAUGCAGAUGCCGUCGCUCGACUACGACAUUUUUACGGACAAGGGACAGCGCGGUUGGAUCGGUUCUUUCUACUCGCACGAGAGCGAUAACAGCAUGACGCCUCUGUCGGAGCCCCUUGUAGAUCGCUACAUUGACGAGACCCGUAUUUUCUUCAGCACCUCGUACGACGAACGUCUGACGAAACGAUGGACACUGAAGCUCAAGGGCCAGCUCAAGCCACGUCCGUACGACUGCCAGUUCGAGUUCGGGCUUUUGUCCGCAGGUCGAGCCCGCCUCUAUGUCGAUGGAAAACUCUUGGUCGACAACUGGACGAAGCAGCGCCGUGGUUCUGCUUUCUUUGGCUCCGGUUCCGAGGAAGAGAAGGGAAUAUACCCGCUCAAGGCCGGUAUUGCACACUCGAUUCUCGUCGAGUAUUGUAACGUUCGCGCGCCCGCUGAUGACGACCUCGAUGAAAUGCUGAUGGACUCAAACCCGGGCGUGCGGCUCGGCGGCGCGGAGGUCGAGGACCCGGAUGCGCUGAUGGAGCGGGCGGUGAAGCUCGCGAGCGAGGCUGACGCUGUAGUUGCCGUCGUUGGGCUCAACGCGGAUUGGGAGACGGAGGGCUAUGACCGCACAACGCUCGCGCUCCCGCAGCGCACAGACGAGCUCGUCUCACGCGUCGCGCAAGUGAACGCGCGCACGAUCGUCGUCACCCAAUCGGGCUCUAGCAUCACCAUGCCUUGGGUUGACCAGGUGCCCGCAAUCGUGCAUGCAUGGUACCUAGGGAACUCCACGGGGGAAGCGAUUGGGGACGUCCUGACAGGCAAGGUUAACCCGAGCGGCCGGCUGAGCCUGACUUUUGCGAAGCGUCUCGAGGAUUUCCCGAGUCAUGGACAUUUCCACUCGGAGAACGGGAAAGUGCGAUAUGCGGAAGAUCUGUUUGUUGGCUAUAAGCACUUCCAUCACAGAAAGAUCGAACCUCUGUUCCCCUUCGGAUACGGUCUGUCGUACACGACAUUCCAAUAUUCCGAUCUCAAGCUCUCCAAGCCUGCAGUCUUCAAUGGCGAGUUCGAGCUAACCGCCUCCGUUACCGUCACCAACACGGGUACCGUUGCGGGUUCGGAUAUCGUGCAGCUCUAUGUUACGCUGCCGAGCACAUCUGAGCUCACGCACCCGCCACUGAUGCUCAAGAAGUUCGCGAAGGUCAAGAAUCUAGCACCUGGCAAGCGCAUAAGCAUCGUGUUGGAGCUGGACAAGUACGCUGUGUCUUACUGGGAGGACCGAAUCUCGCGCUGGGUUGUCGAGACCGGGGAAUACCUCGUGCGCAUUGGCAAGAGUAGUGCUCCAAAGGACUUGGGCUUGGCGGCGACCUUCACUGUGGAGAAAGGUUUCGAGUGGAAUGGAUUGUAG